UGUCUGUCAAAUGUACCAAUGUUGAUACGAUAUUUGUUUUAAAAAUAUUCCAUGCUCGUUUACGGACGUGUGCGAUGUUACAGCUAGUAUCAAAUCUUUCCUCCCAAGAUUCUCGGUUAAAAAACUCGAGAAACCUGCCCACUAAGACGUAAAUGAACAAAGCCUACAUAUGGUAAUAAUAUAUGUCGAUGUAAUCAAAGAUGCCAGUUCUUAAGGACCAACGCUUCCGUUGAAGUGUUUGUGUUCAAGAGGCCUGCUAAGGCACAAUGAAAGCCAUUGUAUCAAUUACAUUGAUCGUGCUACUUGGGAUAAACUCGACGCCCAUUAACGCCAUUAGAAUAUGUGCCAGCAGAAAGAAAAGUAUUGAGAAUCUUUCCUUAAAACAAAACGCACCCAGUGUACCUGAAAAUAUACCCAACGACAGUAAUGUAGCUCGUAUCGUAACAGAUGACAAUAUUAAAUUUGAAAAAUGUACUAACUUUUGCCACGCAUUGUGGCAAGAAGAUAAGACUGCGAACGGAACGAAAAUUAUUAUUUUAUCCCAAGGUUGUUGGAAACAGUCCGGCGAACAAAAAUGCGAAACUUCAGAAUGUAUCGCUCUUCAGCGUUCUACCAAGGCAUUGAACAACACGAAAUUCUGUUGUUGUCACGGGGAUUAUUGUAACGUUAAUAUUAAUAGUACUAAUCUUCUGUAUUCAGAGAGCAAAGUACAUAAUUCUAUCACUACAGAAAAUCAUCAACCCACAACCGAAUAUUUGGAACAAUCAGACUCCGGAAGAUGGAUGCUCAUCAUAACGAGUGUGCUGGUUUGCAUGUUACUAGUGAUAUGUAUCGUAGCACUGAUGGUAUAUCGUAUGUACAACACAAAUAUGUUAACGAGAUUAGGAAAGCCACAUUCCUACACGGAUCAGUUUAUGGAUAGUGCAGCGCUAAGAACUGGUACUUACACAGUAGAUCAUUUAAAACUUACAACGAUCGUAGGGCAAGGACGUUAUGGUUCGGUAUGGCAAGGCAGCAUGGGCGACCAAGAUGUCGCUGUAAAAAUAUUUCCUUCCCAUUAUCGUAACUAUUUCCAAAACGAACGCGAUACUUAUUGUCUUCCCUUCAUGGAACAUCCAUCUUUACUAAGUUAUUAUGGCGUGGAUGAGAGAGUAAACUUGGAAGGCAGCGUUGAAUAUCUUUUGGUACUUAGUUUCGCACCAGGUGGCACUCUGACUGAUUUCUUAAGGACUCAUAUAGUUGAUUGGACCACAUUUUGUAAAAUGGGCCUUUCUAUGGUAAAAGGACUCGCUUACUUACAUACUGAUAUACACAAAGGUGAUAAAUUCAAGCCUUGCAUCGCGCACAGAGAUAUUAACUCACGAAACAUAUUAAUUAAAGCUGAUGGUACUUGUUGUAUAUGCGAUUUGGGACUAGCGGUUCAAAUCGCUGGUUCUAAAUAUUAUUCGAACGGGGAGGAACAACACGCUGAGAUAAAGUCUAUCAACGAUGUUGGCACUCUGAGAUAUAUGGCGCCGGAAGUGUUGGAAGGCGCCGUUAAUUUGCGGGACUGUGAAAGUUCUUUAAAACAGAUAGAUGUAUAUGCGAUGGGUUUAGUAUUAUGGGAGCUAGUUUCAAGGUGUUCUGACAUUUAUAUGCCAGGGUCGGAAGUACCUCAAUAUAGACAACCGUACGAGAAAGAAAUUGGCCUUCAUCCGACGUUCGAGCAGAUGCAAGUUUUAGUUUCCCGUAAUAAAGCUAGACCGUUGCUAGAGGGUAAUUUAAUAGACAGACCGGGAGUACGUUUAAUUAGAGAAACUAUGGAGGAUUGCUGGGACGCAGAUGCAGAGGCUCGAUUAACCGCUUUAUGUAUAGAAGAACGUCUUUCAGAGCUACAAUCUCAUCGUGUGACCAUGCACUUCACCGAUGGAAGUCCAAUGGUAAAUUCCCAUUGCACUUUAGUGCCUUCGACUACAAACAGUCUUUACAGCGAAAUUUCGCACCACGACAACGCUCACGUCGCUCAUCUCUCGUUGCACAUGGUACAAGAUAAUUCGAGUAACGAAGGUGGGAUCGUUGAGAAUUUGAUAACGUUAUCGCCUUCCGAAAGCAUUGUCCACGAGCAUAGUUUUAAAAAUUCAAACGAAGUAGCAAUAUAUAAUCAUACUCAAGCACUUCAACCUUAUCAAGGGCGAAAUCCUUGCAUGGAAAGGAAUUUAAUGUUACAGUCGGAUUCGUUCGAAGAACUGGGGUGCAAUGGUAAUGUACUCGUCGACAAAUCCAUGAAGCACACGUGCAACGAUCAAUACAGAAUUGUCUCCGAAGCGCAAGGCCUCGUGUCUCACGAUUAUCUGAGCCAACACACGACGCAAUUAACGCAGUUGAGACCAGCAACCCCCAUACCGUACGUUCAGAACGUUAUUUCCGACGAUGGUACGUCAUAUGGUAAACGCAAACAAACGAACGUGCACGAGGUAUGCACGCAAGAGAGUCCCAGGAAAAAGUUAUUCGGCUGGCCUAACUUCAAGAAGCUACUCGCCAACAAGAAGAUGUACCCGUACAAUAAAUACCAAAUAGACAGGGAGGAUUCCAAAUCGAAUUUACUGUCGAAGCAGAACGUGCAAAUCAAAACGGUCGAAACGAACGUGACGAUAUCUCCGGGUGGGAAGUACGUGAACGGUAUAAUUACCAAGACACCUGCCUCUGCCACCCCGUUGGACAAGAAUGACAAAAAUGCUGUACAGAUUGGCAAACAGAAAUUGGAGAAUGAUAACAACACGAACAUUCGACCAUCCACUUUGCCCCUUGUUACGUUAAGAAAUAAAAAAGGCGAGAAUAAUCUGAGCAGACAGGAGAGCAUCGACAAGUUCAACGAAGUCUUCAAUGUCGGGUCUAACGUUAAAGUGUUGAAGGACCCCCAUAUGAGAAUAAAAACACCAGGGGAUUUACCGCCCUCUGUGAGGAAGGUUCGCGGCCGUGGACAGUCCACCGCGAGAUUCUCUCUCUACGACGACCGAAUGAUGUGCAAUAUUUUGAGCGAGGAGGACGACAGAAGCGACAGAGCGAUUUGGAAUUCGGUACCGUUUGGUAUGGAUUUCGGCGACAGUGAUGAGAAACAUUCGCCGGCUAAACUUAGUACCAAAAACGUUACUUGCUUUUAAUCGGAUAUAACAUUAAUUGUAUUUGUAAAAGUCUAUAGACGUAAGGAUAACGAUAGCUGUAGUAUAACUUCAGCAUAAAUAUAUAUGUAUGUACAGAAAAUAUGUAUAAGGAUAAAACAGAUUUUAUACUCUCAAUGGAAAUUCACCGAGCAGGCAUUGAAACAAAUUUAAAAGAAAA